GGCGACUUGGAUGAGUGGAGGAGGCGAGGCAAGGUGCGGGCUUGGGGCCUACAGAAGUGAUGUACAAGGAGGCUUUGUUUCACUUCAAGGUCUUUAUAUACACCACGAUCGAUAAGCUCGAUAUGCUUCGAGCGGAGGUGAAACGGAUCGCCUCUAGUGCACGCCAUCUUGUGUGGGACAAACUCGGCAGGCAGACCACAUUGCUUCCUGUAUGCAUGCGGUCAAAGGAGGUUAUGGCGGCGCCCGUCGACAUCGUCACAGCCGCACAAAAAAUGACAUGCAGGGCCGCCAUCGUGGACAUCUCGGCCGCGAAUUUCAGCAGUGCAUGGACCUCACAGGACUUCGAUCCACUUUACGCAAUGAUGGCGAAGUGUUGUGGUCCAAAUCGGGUCCUCUUCUUCUUUGCACCGCAGAAUGUACAAAGCGAUGUCUUGCGUCAAUUGUACGGUUGGGAGGACAUGGAGCUCAUCCCCGGGUCAUGGAAACGCGUGGACAGGCUGUCGAGCGACGUCAUAAGGUACGGCAACAUCGCUACGAGCAGUCGGGACCUGGUGGCGAUCGUGCUGCACGCUGAAGGAGGGGAUCUGAAAAAAGUAACUGUCGCACCCCGUCUUCACAACGAUCUCACCGAAGUGCAUGUUGUGGAGGAAAAGUUCGGGAAGUGUCUCGGAAAACACGGUGGCGUCGAAGGCCACGAAAGUGCCGCAUAUUCAAUUUGGGAGCGAGAACCUGGCAAGUUACGGAAGUUGUGCAGCUCAGUUGUAGGAGAGGCGGAAGGUGUGCUUUUGCUGGGUAGGGUGCACGCGGGUCUUGUAUGGAAGUUAUUGCUUGCAGGUAAUAAUGUCAUUGUCUGUGACGAGUCGGCCAAGGACAUUGCAUACUUGAAAAAGUUCGUCGACAUACUUGUUAAGGAUGGGAGAUUUGAGUGUCGCCUCAAGAAGCCGCGUGACACACAUCGCACGAACAGGGAUAUGUACCAUAAGUUGGGACCGAAAAGACUGAAGGUGUGGCAAUACCUGUUCUACAAUGCGCCGGAUGGACGCCUUGAUGGGGGAUACAUAUAUAGGAAAGCCAAGGUGACCGAGGCCCUCAAACAUUAUCAUGGUGCUCUAACUGCCGCCUUCGAGACAUUCGUUGCUCGAUGCGAGAUGUUGAGGUUUGAUCUUUACAAAGAUAAACUGACGUUUAAGGACUAUGCAGACCUCGCUAAAUCGGGUGAAGGCUUUAACCCCGUUGACAGCGAGGAAGACUCGUCGGACUCCGACCUCGAGAUGGAAAAGGACACCAAUGCGGUUGGGUAUGUGGCCUCGGGUGUGGACCGGGUUGUAUGUACGCCUAUGGAAGACGACGAAGACGAUGACCUUGAUAUUCCUGCUCAGCCAACGAAGCUGGCGCCAGGCGAUCCGAUUCCUCCCAGAUUUUGUGCGGAUCCAAACAAUGUGUAUUUCUUGGAUGACAAAUACACCUGCACUAGUGAAGACAAGUGGGGCCAUGAUAUCAUUUGGCAUGACGGCAUUUUCGAGCCAUGUAUCCAAGGCGGGGAGUGGAAAAUGGCGGUGAGGUAUGUCUCGAAGGGUUGGAGACCGUUUGCCCGCGUGGGAAAGGACAGCUGGCUGAAGACGACGGAGCAAUCAAUACUAUACCGCUGUCAGCAAGAGAACCCCGGGGAGAGUGAAACAUCCAUCGCGGCAAAGGCGAAACAAUUGUUCAACGUCUUGGGAGCCACUCGGCAGUUAGAGUACUCACACUCACACAAGUUUUACGAGCUGCAGUCGAGCCCCUCGUACGGCAAGAUUGACUGGAAGGUUGACCGCACCGCCGCGCUCGAGAGCAUGGACGUGGACUCCCGAGAAUAUGCCGCCCCUGUGCCCGAGGCGGCCACAGGGAACACGAUGGGUGAACAAAGGGAAGAUGGCGAGACGACAUUGGGCGUGAAGCCUCCGUUGCCAGAGGCGGGGAACACGCCCGCAGGCAAAAACACCAUCGGAGCCAUCUCUGUCACAACGGGGGGUACAUCACAAGGUGAAAAAGUGUCACUCGACAAGCCGGAGGAUGCAGGCGCCACAUACGGGAGUCUCCUCGCGACAGGUGCAGCGCUGGCAGGCACAUCGGAGAUGGUGUUAGAGUCUACUGCUGGGAUGGGCGUCACGGAGAUGUCGUUGCAUCCGCCCACAUGCACUAGCAAAGGUGACGCACACUAUACAACAACACCACAGGGAGGGGUCAAAGGGGAUGAUGGGAAUGGGGGAAAUGCAAGGGGGGGCUCCACGUUCUCGCAAUAUUGAGGACAUGACGACGGACGAUGAGGAUGGGGUAGAAGGCGGAAAGGGCGUGAGCGAUCCCACGCAUGCAGAAAAUAAGGGGUGAGACAGGGCAUGAACUUGA